UCUAUCUGCGCCCUUAAACUUAAUAGCUGGUUGUACCACCUUUAGCAGAAAUAACUGCAACCAAACGAUUCCGAUAACUGGAGAUCAGUCUUUCACAAUGCUGUGGUGGAAUUUUGGCCCACUCUUCUUUGCAGAACUGCUUUACUUUAGCCACAUUAGAGGGUAUUCGAGCAUGAACUGCCCGUUUAAGGCCCUGUCACAGCAUCUCAAUCGGGUUCAAGUCAGGACUUUGGGCUAGGCCGCUCCAAAACUUUAAUUUAGCUUCUUUUGAGCCAUUUAGAGGUGGACUUACUCCUAUGUUUUGGAUCAUUGUCUUGCUGCAUAAUUCAGUUGCGGUUGAGCAACUCAGGGACUGAUUAGUGGAAGUUCUCCUUUAGGAUUUUCUGGUAGAGAGUAGAAUUCAUGUUUCCCUAAAUUGCUGCAUGUCGGCCUGGCCCUGAAGCAGCAAAGCAUCCCCACACCAUCACACUACCACCACCACGCUUUACCGUAGGUAUGAUUUUCUUUUUAUGGAUUUCCGUGUUUGAUUUAUGCCAGAUGUAAUGGGACCCCCUGUCUUCCAAACAUUUCCACUUUUGACUCAUCAGUCCACAGAACAUUCUCCCAAAAGGUUUGAGGAUCAUCAAGGUAUGUUUUGGCAAAUUUCAGACGAGCCUUGAUGUUCUGCUGAGGUAGCAGUGGUUUUUGCCUCUCCACUCUUCCAUGGAUGGCAUUUUUGGCCAGGGACUUUCUGAUAGUGGAGUCACAAACAGUGACCCUUUAUUGAUAUGAGAGAGGCCUACUGUUCCUUGGAUGUUGUCCUUGGCUUUUUUGUGACUUCCUGGAUAAGUCGCUGUGCUCAUGGAGAAAUUUUGGAAGGUCGGCCACUUCUGGGAAGGUUCACUACUGUACCUGAGCCCUUUUCCACCGACAUGGUGCGGGUUCCUGGGCCGGUGCAAAUUCUCGAACUGUUCCGCGCAUUUCCAUAGCAGAAAAGGCCGUUCCGGGGCCAAAAACGCAGGAAUCAAUUAUGUCAGGGGACGGAGGGUGGGAUAAUGUUUUGUCACCAUGGUUAAGUUUUCCCACACAACAACUGUAGCUACCAUCUGCAGCAAGGAGUACUUUGCUCUAUAACAACAAUAAAAAAACCACACAAAAUUAUUAGACAUCAAAAGUGUUCAGAUAACACGACAAAACAAGUGCUCUACGUGCGAUAUGGUAUUUACGAAGAUCCGAGAUAAACUAGAGAGAUCGCAAAAGAAAAAAAUGAAAAUACAGCAUGAAAUGCACGCCGCUUUCAGUCGGACAAUUUACCAAAUCAUAAACUAAUUGAAAAAUACUGAAGGGAGUACAGGGACCAUAAGAAGGACAUAAGCAAAAGUGACUGUGGACAGCCUGCUAACUAACCGAGGCAUUGAAUGUAGCCGGUAACGCUCGUGAUGAACAGUGAAUUGCCGGUGUCCUCUGCAGCUAAUCUCAGUAAGUUGUUACAUUUGCCAACUUUGUUAGCUUUUCUUGCACUGUUGUCAUCUUAUUUUGUGCAUCAUUUUGUUCUGUAAGGGGAUUUUUGACCAGCUACUCACUGGAAGAUCGCAGUGAUCUCUUUAGUAAAACGGUGGGAUUCUCAAUCAGUAAUAUUACAUGCUAUUGCAAAAAUCCAAAUACAACCAUCUGUUACACCAAUGUUAAUAAUGAUUCCACUGUAACAGUUUACAGAACUUAGCAAGUUAAGCCAUAGUUCAUACAAUAUAAUGUAAUUACCUAUCGUCGUUAGCAUAGAUGUCGUCUCUGACAAUCUUGCUGAACAUUGUAAUAACAAUGGAUGGUUGUAUUUGGAUUGCAUUCAUCCGUAUGUUUAAAUAUGACCUCAAAAACAAGAGGAAAAGCUGUAUACAAACACACUGUGACGCGCCAUGUUUGUUUAUGUUUGAGGUAGUCAUUUGAAACUAGCACAUAGACAGUAACCCGUUACGUCACCAUUUGGCUCUCAGGUCAGUGGAAAAGCACGGCUGGUUUAUGAUAGGCUCCAGAUUGCCCCAGCCAUGAAUCAGUGGAGCACAGGCUCUGCACGAGAACCAUCGCAGUUUUGGUGCAAAAGGGCUAACUGUGGUUCUUUGGAAUCCCAGAGCCUUUGAAAUAGAUUAGUAACGUUCCCAGAUUGAUGUAUUUCAGUCACCUUUUUCCUCAUCAUUUCUGGAAUUUCUUUCGACCUUGGUAUAGUGUGCUACUGGGUGAGCCCUUUAGCCAACUUCAUGCUGCUGAAAAAGGUCUAUUUAGGUGUUGAUUUGAUUGAACAGGGCUGGCAGUAAUCAUGCCUGGGUGUGUUUAGUCCAGCUGAACCCCAUUAUGAAUGCAGUUUCAUAGAUGUGGGGAUUUAGUAGCUAUUACUUAUACUUUUUCACACAGGUCCAGUUGGUAUUAGAUAACUUUUUGCUUCAAUAAAUAACAUUAUCAUUUAAAAACUGUAUUUUGUGUUUAGUCCGAUUGCCUUUGUUUUAUGUUAGAUUUUUUAAACCAUUUAGUAUGAGAUAUACACAAAAACAGAAGAAAUCAGGAUGGGGGCAAAUACUUUUCCACAGCACUGUGUACACACACACACACACACACACACACACACAUACAUACAUAUUUAAUUUGCUAGAGUUAUGCUGAUAAAUAAGGCAGAAACGUGUCUGUGAAAUGGGUCCAUUGUUUUAAUCACAUCUAAAAGACUCAAAAAUUGUAACUUGGUUUAGUUAUUCAGUUUCUGUUAGAAAUAAUUAGAAAAAACAGUGAAACUGUGAACCUGCCAUUUCCCAUCUUGUGAUGUUUAUUGUUUACUCCACAUGGUGUAAAAGAGCUGUUUACUUGGAUAACCUUUAUACUCAAUGUUUAGGCCUAAAAUUGAAUCUUUAUAAGGCAAACUAUUAAAACUAAACGAUUUUUUGUUGUCACCUCACAGGAUUUUAAGUUCUUUUUCACUGUUCUCUCUUUCUCCUCUUCAAGACUGAAAGAACAUCGAGGAAUCACCCAUUUUAAAGCCCUGAUUUUAGUACACCUAAUACUGAAGUCAAGGAGGCAAAUCGAGUAAAUCCAAAGGAAAUGGCAAACACGAACGUUUUCUUGGAAGGAGACGUUUUCUGGAACAAAAGGGUUUUUUAAAAGACAAACAAAACAAAAAGCGAAAUGAAAAGAACAGUAAGAGAAAGAGAAAAAAGCAGAGGCACACGCAGAUCAAUGGAGGGGAUCCAUCGAAACCAGGUGCUAUUUUUCCUCAGUUUACCACCACUGUGCCUGAUAGGAUGAAUGAGCCUUCCUGUUCCACACAGACACUUUUCCAGAAACCCUCAUCUUCAGUUUCAUCCACUGCCUGCACUUCUCAGGGAAAACAAACGCACAGGGUGGCGCCCCGCACUGUUGGACCUUUAAAAUACUUAGCAAUGGACUGUGAGAUGGUGGGAACAGGACUGAAGGGGAGCAUCAGUGAGCUUGCCCGCUGUAGUAUUGUCUCCUACAACGGUGAUGUCAUUUAUGAUAAAUUCAUCAAACCCAUCAACCUUGUCACGGAUUUCCGUACACGCUGGAGUGGUGUCAGGAAGCAGGAUCUACGCAAUGCCACACCCUUCAGUCAGGCACAGAAAGAGAUUGUGAAGAUAAUGACAGGAAAAGUGAUUGUGGGCCAUGCCAUCCAAAAUGACUUCAAGGCCUUAAAAUAUUUCCAUCCUGCCUGCCAAACACGAGAUACCUCACGGAUUCCACUGCUAAACCAUAAAGCUGGACUGCCUGUGCACGAAGUUGCGUCUUUGAAGAGGCUCACCAAGGCUCUCUUCAACAAGGACAUACAAACAGGGAAGGGAGGCCACUCAUCAGUGGAAGAUGCCAAAGCCACCAUGGAACUGUACAAAGUAGUGGAGGAAGAAUGGGAGCAAACACUGGCUUCUCAGCCUGUCUGCUAGAAACAAGCAAUGGAUCAUGUAGCUUUGAAUCAAAGAACAGUAUGAAACAGGAUAAUUUUCAUAUGCAUCCCCAGUCCUAUUAUUUUUCUAUCAUUAGUACACUAUAUGGCCAAAAGUUUGUGGACACCAUAUGUGCUUGAUGAACAUUUGAUUUCAAAACCUUAGGCAUCAGUUUCCCCCUUUGCUGUAAUAACAGCUUCCACUCUUUUUGGAAGGCUUUCCACUAUACUCUCAUUCAGACACAAGGCUAUCAGUGAGGUCAGGAACUGAAGUUGGUCGAUUGGGCCUGACUUACAGUUGCUGUUCCAGUUCACACCAAAAGUGAUCAUUGGGGUUCAGGUCUGGGCUUUGUGCAGGCCAGUCAAUUUCUUCCACGCCAGACACAGUAAACCAUUUCUUUAUGGACCUCACUUUGUUCACAGGGGCAUUGUCAUGCUGGAACAGAAAAGGGCUAUCCCCAAACAGCUGCCACAAAUUUGGAAGCACACAAUGCCCAAGCCAUUACAUAAAGAAACAUUAAGAUUUUUCUUUACUGGAUUUAAUGGAGUAACCAAAUUCAUUAAUUAGAAGGGGGUGUCCACAAACUUUUGGCCAUAUAGUGUAUUUUCAGAAACAAGAUUUGAAGCUCUCCACUAUCUUUUUGUAACACUUGAACCUCUCAGCUGCAGUGGUUGGGUUUCAAAUCCACUAUGGGGUUCUUCAGUUCCUAUACAACAAAAGUGAUGAUAUUUUAACUCAUUUUAUUGAUUCUUUUUUAUCAACUUUUUGUCACUUUGAGACAGUAGUUAAUUUGCUAAAAACAUUGGAAAAUUUGCCAGCUGUUCUCAUGGAUCACUUGAGUUCUGUUCAGAAUGUCUUCAAUAAGUGCAGAGGGGGAAAAAAGCUCUCCGCCCAUCUUUAUUUCUCAUGUCUGAUGAAGAAAACAAGUCAGCAUUUCUCUUCUAUUGUGAAUUCAACACCACCACAUGAACUAUAGUUCCUUCUGUAUUUAACUCUAAAACAGCAGCGCCUCAACUGCUAUCCCUAAGAUUAGUCAAAUCUCUUUUCCCUCCAAACCCACUCAAAAAUCAGUCAGUCUGUGUUUAGAAAUCUGGUUGCACCACAUUGGUAAUGUUUGGGAAAUAGACAAAUUUUCCUUGCCCACCAGUUUCCCAGGAGUUAAACAAGCUUGUUUUAGACUAAGAUUAAUCUGUGAGUAGUGAACCAGAAAGGUUCGAUCUGAAUGGUGGAACACAAUCCAGAUCUUACAUUAGAGUCUUACCUCUGAGCAUCUUUUCCGUUGAGAUUUUAGGGUACGUUUACAUGACAACGAUGUACUAAAAAGGAAAGGUUUUUCCUUUGCGUCUUUGAAAAGUUUUGCAUACAGACGACAACGUUGUCAAAAUGAUCCCCGUUCACACGGAUCUGUGAAAACGACUAAAAACGCUUUAUUAUGCAUGCCAGGCCAGUAGUUGGCGAUGUCACUUUGAAAGAAACACUACGUGCCUGCGCACAUAAGCAUUCUUUCACAGAGCGGUGAAUACAAACAAUGAAAUGAUCGCUGGUCGUAGUAGUGAUGAAGUAAAUCUACACUUUGCUGGAGAAGCGUCAAUAAACUCAAAAUCUUGAGCAGCACAAACACAGUCCUGUUGUCCGCCAUUGUAAUUUUGAAUGUCUCGCGCAUUGUUCUGAAGUUCUCGCGCGCAUGCCUAUAGACUGAACAUGUAAUAUGCGUGCGCAUGACGUCAUCGUUUUCACAAAUUCGCGUUUUUGUAUGUUUACACGGAGACGAUAAGGGCAUCGUUUACAAAAACUUGCACUUUGAAACCCGUUUUCAAAAGUUUGCGUUUUCAGGCCCCAAAAUGGCAUUGUCAUGUAAACGAGCAGCCAAAACGCAUAAAAAGUUUUCCAUAUUUAGUUGAAAACGUUGUUUGGUUAUAAUCAAUUAGAUUUUACCUCUUCUAAAGAUGUGAACACAUGACCUGCAGGGGUCCACAAUUCUUACGAUCACUAUGCCAUAUUAAAAUUACGUUUAGAUAGGACAUCGCAUUAAAAUAAAUCUGAUUUCGAACAGAUUUUAAUGCUGUUUUACCAUGUUCUCAACAGACUGAUCGCACAGUGAAAACAGUAGGUUGACUUUUUUUUUUUUUUUGCUGAAAUUGGUCUGUGCUUACUGAAAUGCAAAACAGUGUUCCCUGUGGCCAAAGCGGGUGUAAUGUCCACAGGGGGGCACUAGAAGCAAGUACAGGCUGUUAUACAGUGAAGAGAAAUGCAUAUUUUAUAAACUAUCCCUAAUCCUAACCAGCAGUGGAGUACAAAUGUAAUGUUAGAGGGAAAAUGCAACCUUCGAAUUGUGUUCACUGAUUAUCCGAACAUGAUUACUUCUUGUUUUCUGCAUGGGAUCUGAACCCGGGUCUACCAUGCUGCUUCCGGUCGCACCACAGGGGAAGGUAACACACUGGAGCCGAUGCAGAAAUGUGUGAUAGGAGAUGGUGCUUGUCAGACAAAGUCAGAAUAAUGUUGGCCGAUCCUAGGGUACCUGAACUCUCGGAAACAACAUGCUGACUUUCCCUGUGAUCAUGUUGUUUUAUAUAUAUAUAUAUAUAUAUAUAUAUAUAUAUAUAUACAUCAUGAUUAUUUUGGAUAAAUAAUUUACCAAUCUCUUACCUCUCUGAUUUGCCUAUUUCUAAAAUUAACAUUGAAUGAAUACAUUUAAUAUAACUUUUUCAUUCUUUGCAAUGUUAUGCAUGAUAAACCUUCAGUGUGUUAUUGCUGGAGUAUCUAGUGUUGCUGACGUAGCAGGACUAUGCCAGAACAGAAAAGACUGACCAUAACUUGUCGUUUAAUGAAAUCCAACAGAUUUUGGCUGAAAAAGUUUGGGAUGAAAUCAGGGUUAAUGCUGUAGAGAGACGACAGUCAGUGUGACAUCAUAUUUUCCCAGUUGUGGCUUGGAUAUGGAUGGUAGUAAUGUCUGUAAAAUAGAUCAUGUUUUUAUAUCCUCAGUGGUUGGCAGGCAGAGGUAGUCUUGUGGUAAAGAAAGAGGUACCCUUGCUCAUUACCAGAGGAUUAUCAUAAUGCAAGAACCAAUAUAUAAUGUACUGUAACUUUAUGUAACCUUUAGUCUGGUGUUGACACACAUAAUGAAGAGAGCGCUCUAGAUGUUAUCUGUGUCUGAAGACAAAUUCACUUUGUCUCCUACAUCUAAUUAAGGCUCAUAGGUUGAUUUAGCAUGGCCAGAUGUUUGUGAUCACCCUAUAAAUUUUGGCCUUUUUUCUUUUUUUAAAUAAAAAGAUCAGUACUUU